AUGCCGCGCAGAAAAGCCGCCGACCGUACGGGACCGGUGAAAACCCGGUCUCGUAGUGGCUGUCGGGAAUGUCGAGCUAGUCGAGUUCGAUGUGAUACCAAGAAACCCGUCUGCACGCGGUGCCAGCAAAAAGGGCUACCAUGCUCCACCAAUCUAGAGCUCAAAUGGGAGUCCGAGUUUGCCAGUCGCGGCGUGGCUUUUGGGCGUGCGGGAGUCUGGAGCAAAACCAGAUCAGACGAAAAACAACCUUCCUCUGAGUUGUCAGAUGAGACGCGUGAGUGGUGUCUAUUACCACAUAUACAGUCAUGGGGGUUCGUCAACAUCGGAGUGGGCACAUUCGAGAACCCCAAUGAAGUGGAUGUUGUCUCGAAUGAACAGCAUCAUGUUUCCCUGCCCUAUCGCACUGUGCCAAACGCUCUAAUAUUUCGAGCCAUAGAUCCAGGGCCUUCACCGGCUCUAUCAUUAUUCCCACAGAUAUCGCAGCUCGGGCAUGGGGAGCUUCUCGACUAUUACCUCCAGCAGGUGUGCCCUCGUACAACUGCCAGUUCAACCAUGUCUUCACCGUUUGCCUCUGUGAUUCUACCAUUCAGCGUAUCUGCAUCGCCUACGUUGUUCAGAGCUAUCCAAGCACUCGGCGCAUGUCACUUGGCCCGAGCUAACCCGUCAUACGCCCCUCUUGGCCUUCGCCUCAAGUCCGAAACAUUGAGAGACCUUCGACGCCGUCUCUCCAUCGAAGGCUCCUUGACAUGCUCUGCAGACCCCGAGGUGCUGGUGAUCAUGAUGAUGCUGUGCCUCUAUGAGAUUGCAGACAAAUGCGACCAGCAAUGGACAAUUCAUCUCAAAGGUGCCAAAGAUUUGAUUCGACUAAGGAGACAGCGGGCCCUCACCCCUCCGCAAACACCAGAUACGUCCCAUCCGGUUUCUGCCUUUGCGGAACAUUUCUUUGCCUUUCAAGAUGUCAUGGGCCGGACUGCCUGUGCGAAAGAAGUAUUAUUUGGAAGUGACUACUGGAGGGCGGAUGAUCACAAUAUUGAUUUGUGGAUGGGGUGCAGCCCUGAGCUAGUCUCGAUUCUUUCUAUAAUUACCGAUAUGAGCCGCGAGCGACGACAUCUUGAUUCCGACCACGAUCGAGACGCUUUCAACCACCGCGCAGCGUCUAUUGAACACCAACUUGAGAAUUUGAUACAGGAAGUUGGGGACGAUGGGGAUGAUGACGCGCUCGCAUCUGCUGCAGAGGCCAAACGCUUAGCUGCCCUGCUUUACCUGCACUGUGGACUGUAUGGGGCCAGUCCCACAACUCCAGUAGUGGCGGACUACGUUAAUCAGAUCCUACGGUUAGUAUCCGACCAGCUAAUUCUCGGUUCCCUGGCCAGUGUGACAUGGCCUCUCUUUGUCGCAGGUGUCGAGCUCGAUCCAUCGCACGAUGAACUCUGGUCCACUCCCGAUGACCCCGUCUCCGGUCGGUCUAUCAUACUGCGGGCCUUGGCUGCGAUGGGUGAAUCAACUAUAUCAAAUAUCGCUCGAACACGGGCGGUGAUUAUACAGGUUUGGCAAGCCCGCGAUCAGGAUUUAGUCAAGGCACCACAGAUGAAUGGGCUGAAUGACUGGGAGUGGUAUGUAGUACCUGUGAGUGAUGCCAUGAGCCUGGCAUGA